UGCAAGAUGUCGUCCAAUACCAGCAGACAAAGCAGAAGUCAAUAUUCUCCUUUGGUCAACUUAUCUACCUCCCAGGGCUCAAGCGGAUGGGGGAAACAGGCRRCCAAGAGGUUUGAUACGUCGGAGGUCUUCAAGAAAGAUCCCCUUUUGAAGAGUUUAGAGGGGAAAAUUGCCGURGGAUUCGGAGACUACAAGCCUUGGCAACGCACUUCUAUCCCUAGAAACGCGAUCCCUGUAAAGCCGUCAGCCCCUAGAACUUCUAGGAAGGAAUCAAAUAGACCUCUKUCUAGUCGCAUGACUCGAUCGAGCUAUAGUGCUGGAGGAGGGUCAAAAGCAGGAGAAUACGAGAGGCCUUCUAGCGGAGCUACUAUUCAUACCCAGUGCUCGUCUGUUUGUCUUCAUCCAUGGCUCAAAAAACCUGUGAUUAUUCCUUCUGGGGCAUUUGAUAAAAAGAGAUAUAAGUUUUUGUCUGUCCUCAGGACGCAAAUAAGGGCAAGACAAAGAACAAUAGAAGAAUACCAAAACAGGAAGAUGCAACUACUACAAGACAAUUUAGCUUUUAAAGAACAAAUUGAGUCCUCUGAAGUUGAUGUGCAUGACCAAGUUAAGGGCUUACUUCAAAAGUAUGAUAAAUUUAGGGGAGCUCUGGACACUUUAAACAAAACCUAUGAAGAAGAUCUUAUUGCAGCAAAGAAAAGCUUGAAAAGCACUCAACUGAAAGUAAACAUGGAGCUAGAAGAAUUACAACAAAACCUCAAUGCAUUGAAUGUUAARCUUCAGAAAGAAAUACAAAAAACAAACACUCUUCUUAAUUAUAAGGACAAGGAAUACCCAGARAAAGCUUUACAGAUUGCAAAAUUAAAGAAAAGAAAAGAAAUUAUUGCUAGUGCAUUUAAGGAAGAGCUUGAGGAGCUGCAAGCCGUCAUUGAAACUGAAACUGUCAAAUUUGGUGAUCACACACAGAGGACCCAAGAGGAAAUUAAGGUUAAAGCAGUUCAGGAUAUGGUGAAGUGUAUAAAUCCAAGUGUCCAAGAAUUAGCUCUUCAAAACAUGGCCAUGAAAAAGGAAAUUGAAAUGCACUUAAAUGAGGUUAAACUUCUUGAAGAUAAAAAUCAAGGUUUAGAAGAGAAAAUACAAUCUCUCCUAGAAAGUAAAGAAUUAAACACUAGAGAACAACUAUUUCCUGAUGUGGUUGGAGAAAGAGUCAAAUGCACACCUGAUAUGGAUUUAGUGCUUGACAUACCUACUCACAAGUGGUUACCGAUAUAAAAAGAUAUCUAAUUUAAUUUAUUAUGUAAAUAAGAUGAUUAUAUUUUYAUACAUUAAAAUUACGAUAAAAAAGUUUUUUGUUAUUUUAUUGC